UUCCGCGCCUGCGCGAUGCUGCGCGGCGGCCUGGUCGCGUUGGUCGUGCGGAGGGCGAUGUCGGCGCGGCCGGGCAGCGGCGGGGCUCCUGCUGAUGGUGGUGGUGGUGGCCGCCGGGGACGCGUCCCCGACAGGUGGCAGGAGUACGCAGCACUCGGCCAGCGCCUCCGAGGGACCCGCUUCAUCGCCUUCAAAGUUCCACUGAAGAAGGUGUUUGCAAGCUGCCUGCUGCCCGGUGAAGUCUUCACGCCGAUGGAUCUUUUGAACCAGAUCCAGGAGCAGAGUGAGGAGCUGGGCAAGAUCAUUGACCUCACCUUCACAAAGCGUUACUAUGACCCCGAGGAGCUGCCGGAUGGUUUGCACUAUGAGAAGAUUUUCACCGCUGGCCACGAAGUACCCAAUGCAAAAAACAUUUUUAGCUUCAAACGAGCUGUGAAAACAUUCCUGUUGGAGAACAUGGACAAUGAUAAACUGAUUGGAGUUCAUUGCACUCACGGCAUCAACAGAACUGGCUACCUCAUAUGCAGGUAUCUGAUUGAUGUGGAUGGGAUGGACCCUCGACAUGCAAUCGACUUGUUCAAUAGAUCCCGUGGAUAUUCAAUUGAAAGACAGAAUUACAUUCAGGAUUUGUUGCAGGGACCACAUCGAAGCAAUAAAGGAAUCGAAGUGCUGGGUUCUUGCGUAGCCCCAGAACAGAUGGGACGUUUCCGUCAGCAGCCUGUGUUCCCACCACGAGAGAGAACAAAUCGCGGAAAGUAUCCACCAAGAAACAACUUCCGUGAAUUCAGUCACUUUGCCUGCCCGCCUGUUCAGCCUGCUGAUUCCUACUUGUCGAGGCAGCGUUCCAGAGAACAGGGGUUUGGACCCCCUGCUGUUCAUCACCCGCCGCUGGGCAAUGGACACAGGGCCUACUCUGACUCUACUGGCGGGUGGUGGGACUCGCCAAGGACGAGCUGUCAGUCACAGUCGUCGUGGCGUUCUCGUCAGCUACCGUCUGACUGGGGGAAGAAUUGGCCCGUGAACCCCUGGGACGGUUAUCAGCUAUCUCACGGAACCAGGGACACCAGCGAACGGAAAUCAGUCUCUCGAGGUCAGGUUAGGCUGAAUACACAUCGACGAUGGGACAAUUGAUAAGCAAAUGCAAAAGAUUUUAGUCACUUUGAUUAAACGUAACUGAAAGAAAUAAUGUGCAGGAUGAAAUGGAGAGGCUGCUUCGGUGGCUGCAUCUAUGUUCAGGUAUCGGUAGAUCGUUUGUCUACUGCUGCCUCUGAACUGUGGAGGAACCUCCAUUCAUCUGCCUUAAUAUUGUGCUUGGCUCCCAAUCCUCGAUUCAUUUUAUGAUGUCACUGCUUCUCGAACUUCUUCUUUUCGCAAAACAAACACUUUUAAUCAGUUCAUAAUCUCCCCAUCCAUAGUGCAGAUUUUAAAAGACAUGGCCUCGAAUACUAUAUUGUGAAGGUGGUCUAAGGGGUGGUGAAUAUUGCCAGCACAUUGUACAGGUACUGCUCCCCUGUUGAGUUAGGGGAUCACACUGCAGUCCACACUGCAUUCAUUCCGCUUCCUGUACAACUUAAAACACAGGUGCGGCUGCAAUGCUUCAGAUCGGGGGCAGCAGAUCAUGCCUUGACAGUCCUCUGAUGGACCAGCACUCGAGUGUUACCUCAGUUCUCAGUGACUAAUUCACCCCUUGACUACAGUCAACCCUCUGAAUGAACUAACUAAAUAGCCAGUAGGGAAACUGGUGAAGGAAGCUGAGGUGGGGCGCAGGGAACUCUAUGACCCUAACCGUCCUGUGAGCACCGACUUACUGAGAGGAACUACUUUCCCGCAUUGUUUAAACUGCUCUUUGAUUCGACAAAAAGCAAUUAAUCCAGUAGAUUGUUUUAGUAUUGGGGUCAAUUUCUAAUCUAUCCAAGGGUUCCAAAUAAGUUGCUGACAUUUCACUGAGUCCGAUCGGAAAACAUUGUUACUUGCUACUUUAAAACUUAAUUUAUUUAAUUCCAUGGGUUUGUGUGUAGUCUGACUCGAGUGCCGUGACAGCCCAAGUCUAAUCCGUACUAUAAAUGAGCACAAAGUGCUGGAGUAACUCAGCAGGUCCGGCAGCUUUCCUGGAGAACAUGGAUAGGUGAACGUUUCCGAUCCAGACCUUGCAUCAACCUAGUACAGGCUGAUCUGUACUAGUUGCCUACUCUGUUCAUCUCUGGCUAUCUCAAAUAGGAUAAGAAAAAGCAUCAAGAUCCUCUCAGUUCAAGUGGUCUCUAUCUGCAGCCUAGAUCUGUCCUUGAAUAGAACGUGGGGCACUCAGUCUGAAGGAAUAAGGUGCAUAUUUCACCCAGCAAGUCGGUUGCCAGCACAUUGCACAGAUACCGGGAAAUGAUAUAUCUUUCUGGUGAGCGUGGUGUUAUUAGAGAGCAGUGAAUAGGCAUGUGUGUGAGAAGGAACUGCAGAUGCUGGUUUACACCAAAGAGACACAAAAUGCUGCAGUAACUCAUUGGGUCAGGCAGCAUCUCUGGAGAAAGGGAGUAGGUGACGUUUCAGGUCGAGAUCCUUCAUCAAACUGUCCUAUGAAGGGUCAUGAUCCGUCACGUAUUCCUUUCUCUCGAGAUGGUGCCUGACAUGCUGAGUUACUCCAGCAUCUUCAGUGAGUAGGCUGGGUUGCCAGUUGUUCCACAUUGUCUUGCUCCUGUCGAGGGCGGGCACUGGGUCUGGAGGAUGGCUACAGCUUGUACACUGGCCUCCUUCACACUGAGGCUCAGCUCGGUGGUUCAGGAGCAUCUGUGUUCCUGCUUGUGUAUCUGAUGCUCGGUGCUUCAUCCUUUUACCCGACUCCCUAAAUUCAUUGCAUCAGUGAUUGAGGAAGUCACUAAUCAAGAUUUUCUACGGUUUUUGGUAUCGAAUGUAAUCUGGAAUCAAAAUAAAUGAAUUUGGUCAUUUGUA